UGAGAACAACUGGAGACUUCACACCACUGGGCUCCAUCGCCCCCCUCUCAGGGGUUGGGGCCCAUCUGAAGCCCCAAAACCAAUGGCAAGCAAAGAGGAUGAACUGCGGAGCUGUGUUGUAUGCGGGGACAGGGCCACUGGCUAUCACUUCCACGCCCUCACGUGUGAGGGCUGCAAAGGGUUCUUCAGGCGAACUGUCAAGAAGGGUGUGGGACUCACCUGCCCUUUUGAACAAUGCUGUGAGGUCAGCAAAAACCAGCGGCGCCACUGCCCAGCUUGUAGGCUACAGAAAUGCCUUGAUGCAGGCAUGAGGAAAGACAUGAUCCUGUCAGCAGAAGUCCUGGCACAGAGGCGAGAAAAGCAGGCACAAAAGCGGGCAGAGCAGGAACCUGUGCAGCUGAAUCAGAAGCAGGAGGCAUUAGUCCAGGUGUUACUAGGGGCUCACGCCCGCCAUGUGGGCACCAUAUUUGACCAGUUUGUGCAGUUCCGGCCCCCAGCCCAUCUGUUCAUACACAACCAGCCCGCACCCUCUCUGCCACCCGUGCUGCCAUUGCUCAUACACUUAGCGGACAUCAGCACUUUCAUGGUGCAGCAAGUGAUCAAGUUCACCAAGGACCUGCCCCAUUUCCGGUCUCUGCCCAUGGAAGAUCAGAUAUCCCUGCUGAAGGGUGCAGCCCUGGAAAUCUGUCACAUCGAGCUCAACACCACUUUCUGCCCCCGCAGCCACACUUUCCUGUGUGGGCCUCUCCGCUAUACCCUCCAGGAUGCAGCUCAUGUGGGGUUCCAGGAGCAGUUUCUGGAGGUGAUGUUUCGUUUCCACGUGACGCUGAGGCGACUGCAGCUGCAGGAGCCCGAGUACGCGCUUAUGGCAGCCUUGGCCCUCUUCUCUCCAGACCGACCUGGCGUGACCCAACGGGAACAGAUUGACCAGAUGCAAGAGGAGAUGGCGCUAACGCUGCAGAGCUACAUCAGGGGCCAGCAAGCCCGGCCCAAAGGCCGCUCUCUGUCUUGGAACAAGCUUUAAAGAGCUUCCGUUGGUCCCGCCAUCACCUCACACUACCCAAAAUCACAGAUCUGGAGAGCUGGGAGGGAUCUAGUCCAUCCUCCUAGAGUCCUUCUCCCUUUCCCAACUAAACUUCAAGAAAAAGUCAUCUACUCUCUCUGCCUCCGCGUCCUCACCUUACGUUCACUUCUCAACCCCUUACAAUUUGGCUCCCCGCCCCACCAAUCGGCUAAAAGUACUCUGCCCAAAGUUAAUAAGGAUGUCAAUUACCACAUCCAAUGGCCUCUUCUCAAUCCUCAUCUUGAUCUCUGAAACCCUGAAUACAAUCAACCAUCCCCUCCCUUGGAUGAUUCCCUCCUCCCUUGGUUUACAAUUACAUGAAACUUUCUCCAAUUUCUUCUUUUGACCAUUUCUCAGUUUCUUUAUCGUACAUUUCUUGCCUCUUUAGCAUGGGUGUUAUCUAGGGUUAUAUGGCGGACCUUCUCACUUUCUUGUGAUAUCAGUUCCCGUGGGUUCAAUGAUCACUUUUGCACAGGAAUCCUCAAUCUACAUAUUCAGUUCUAAUCUCUCUCUGGGGCUCUAGGCCUAUAUUGCCAAACGUAGACUUUUCCAUCUGGAUAUCCCAUUAGUAUCUCACUCAAAAUAGUCCAGAGUUCACUCCCCCCUGGGCCCAUCCCUCCUUCUAACUUCUCUGUUACUGCCGAGAGCACCGCCAUCUUCCCAGUCACUUUGGUUUGCAACUUUGGAAUCCUCCUUGACUCCUCUUUCACCUCCCAUAGGAAACUGGUGGCCAACUCUUGUUGAUCUUGUCCUCACUAUAUCCCUGGCAUCCACUCAUUCUUUGUCUUUGUGUCCCUAGCAAUUAGCACAGUGCUUGGCACAUACUUGACUAACUGGUUGACAUUCCCUUCCCAACUCCCCCCAAAACCCCAAUUCAGGUCCUUAUCACCUCUAACAUAGACUCUUGCAAUAGACUCCUAAUUGUCUUCCCUGCUUCUAAUCUCUCCCUUUCCAUCUUUCAGAACUACCAAAUUAUUACUCUACAGGUCUACACACCUCUGCUAAAAAAAUUCUUCAGCAACAUCAACAUCGUGUUGCUUCUAGAAUAAAUCACAAACUCCUCAGCUUCAGGGGUUCAAGCGCCUUGAUCUGUUCCCCUCACCUUCCUUUCCAGACAUAUUUCAUGUUACUAAUGCUUCACAGACUCUCCAUCUCCAGGACCUUGCACUGAAUGUCCUCUCAAGCCUGGAAUGCAUCCUCCUUACACACUUUCCUCAAGAGGAAGUGUGGGGUAACAAAAAGAGCAGUGAUUGGGUUUGGAGUUAGCAAUACCCAAGUUCAAAUCCUGCCUUGAACCCUUACUGUUACCCCAGGGGAGUGCCACCCUCUCUGAAUGUUUCCCCUCUGAAAAAGAGGGGUUCACACCCUCUAGUACUUUGCUCCCAGGGCUGUUCUGAGAAUUAAGUGAGAAAAAGGUUACAAAGCUCUAGGGAAAUGUUAUUCUUUUAAACCCUAGCUUUGGGAAGACCUCCUGUGUUUAGCCUUUCUUCAAUCCCCCACGUUAUUGCUCUCUCCUCUCCUGGAAUUACUUUGCAUUUACUUGUCUGCAUAUAUGUUUUAUCUCCACAAUAAAAUGUAAACUCUGUGGCUUGAAAGUGUUUCUUUAAAAAACAUCUGUAUCUCAAGGCCUAGCAUUGCACCUUCCAUAUAGCAAGAGCCUAAGGUUUGUUAACUUGAACUGAAACCUCAUGUUUGGGCUCAGGCUGAAUGCCUUUCAAUAUCCUUUCCUUUUGUGGACUAGGUUCUCCAGGGGUCAUCUAGUCUUUCUCCUUGGACAAAAAUGGUCCUUAUACCUCACAUGUCUCAUAGCUAAAUCCCUCCUGCUGCAAUUUAAUUCUAUUUUUUCCUAGUUCUUUAUUCAUUAGUGAUAGAAAAUAGCUGAACCUUGUGUUCUAUAUUAUGGUUCUUCCAGGGCUUAAAAUAACCAACCCUGCCAUUCAACAAUCCCAAUCUUUGUUUUUCUAAAGAAACCUAACCCUUUUCACUUUUCCUCCUUCUAUUCUCUUUUUCCAGCACUCCUCUACUCUAUCCAUUAACUUUCCCUGAUUCUCAUUUCCCUUUGAAUCUGAGGAUGAAAACUGGCCCCAAGACCCAUAGCUGGUCAAGGGUCAGGCCAUUUUCAAUUUAUUCUUCCCCAAUCUUUUUUUUUUUU